GGGCGAGCCCCUAUUGAGCGCACACCAUGCGCUGGAAGAGUAUGUGCCCUUGAAAACCUUAAGAGGAUACGCGGAGAAGAAAACAGAUACCGUCGUGGUACCAUCAGUUGGUUACAACUUUGAUUCAUUGAGAGAAGCAUAUGACUUCUACAAUCUAUAUUCGUGGGAGAUCGGGUUUGGGAUAAGAUAUGGAAAAAGUAGGCUGAACGUCGAGAGAACCAAAUGUAUACAAGAAAUAGUCUGUGGAUGCUCGGGCAAACCAAAAAAAGGAAACGCAUGGACAUGCCAAUGCGAGUGCCCUGCAAUGAUACGUUUGCUUCGAUCAAAUGACAAUGACUGGGCUUUGAGGGGUCUAUGUGGUGAAAUCAGCCAAGAUCAAGCAGACGAUGAUGUUCGGAAAACUAUGGAUGUCUUUGCAGAAUUGGGUUCAAAGGAUUCUGGUUUAUACUACAGAGUACAACCAGACAGUGAUAGUCAGAUAAGGAAUUUACUGUGGUCAACUGGUGCAAACAGAAUGCAGUACCAUUAUUUCAGAGAUGCAUUAACAUUUGACACAACAUACCAUACAAACCUCUAUGAUAUGCCAUUUGGGCUGUUUGUUGGAGUUAACAACCACUUUCAGAGCAUUAUCUUCGGUGGUGUGCUUGUUAGGGAUGAGACAGCUGAAACUUUCAAGUGCGUGUUCAACGAAUUCAUCCGCAUGAUGGGCGACAAACAUCCUCAGACCAUUCUUACAGAGUCCGUGUUGGCGGUGCACCUGACGAUCGGCCCCAUGUGCUGCGAUGAUGAGUGCAUUGGAGGUAUAUUACAAAUAUAUGCAUGAAAAAAAACUGAAAUUGUCAUAGUUCCUGUUGUGGGAAUCAACUUUGAUACAUUGGGAGAAGCAUAUGAUUAUUACAAUCUCUACUCGUGGGAGAUUGGGUUUGGAGCAAGAUAUGGCAAAAGCCGGCUAAAUGUUGAAAGGACAAAAUGCAUGCAGGAAAUAGUUUGUGGCUACUUUAUGCCCCGCGAUGAUACGGUUGCUUCCAACAACUGACAAUGGCUGGUAUAUAAACGAGUUCAGAGCUGAUCACAACCAUGCUCUCACAGAAAAAUGUGUUGGAGAUCUCGAAGAAGAACCUGAAGUGCAAUCCGGUCUUUCAGCUGUGGAAGAAGUGGCUACAUAUAAUCCAGAAGAUCAUAGCUUCGCUGAUGGUGAUGGCUCCACCCAGGCGGGCAGCUGCUGCGAGUCAACCACGAAAGUUGACUCGUCGAUCCACUGCCGACGAUGAUGAUGACACCAACCCAGCCAAGCGGGCAAGGAAUGAUGAGUAAAAAAUCUGCCAGAGCUGAUUAUAGAUGAUAUGCUGAAACUACGGCUCACUCCAUGUUUAGAAAGCCCUGACGAGUUGAAUGCGGUAUUAGGUAUAUCUCAUGUAAUAAAUUUAAUGAUUCCCCUGUUUGUCUGCAGUAGUUGUGCUACCAGUAGAAUGCACAAAUGAACGGUUGCUGCUCUGCUUUGAUAAUCACUCUACCUGAAAAAGCAGGUGACAGGCAAAAAAUGAA